AUGGCGGCCAACAACGGGGACAGCCCGUCCCGCGCCGUGGGAGCCAAGCGCCGCGCAUCAUCGGCAGUCGAGCAUCCUGUCCCCGAGGCUGGAGAGUCGCAGGCCUCGGGCGGUGAGAACCUGGCAGCCUACAUCGACUCACUCAAGGACGAGCUGGCCUCCGACGUGGCGAAGUGCCAAGCGGUUGUCAACGCACUACAGCAGCAGGUGGCCAGCAUGCAGCAGAAGGUCGUGGCCACUGUCCAAGGCCUCGCCAAGCAAGUCGAAGAUCGUGUUGCACCAGUCUUGGCCGCGCAACACCAGCAGCAGCAAGCCAUACUUCGUCUUGAAAAUGAAGUCAAACGUAUCCGUGAGGAGCUGGGAGUGGUCCGCUCUGAAGCGCCUGCCACACCCCCGCCGAUCACCUCCGCCAACUGGGAGAGGGAGAUCGACCCCUGCGUCAUCGUCGUCAGGAGCAAGGACCAGAUCUCCAAGGAGAACGCCCUCCACGCGCUGCGGCCCUUGCUUAUGGAGCAGAGCCUGGCCGACACCGAGUAUGCCAUCGAGGGGGGUCCGACCGGCCGUCGCUUCCUGGUUCGUUUCACAGGAAAGUCCUUCAAGCGCUUGGCACUCUUCGUCCUCAGGUGCCUGGCGGUCAGCGGCGACAAUUUCAGGGGACAUCAGUCACUGGAGAACGCGAAGCAGAUCAAGACGGAGCUGUACACGAAGCUCAUCAAACAAGUGUUCAAUACACUGUAUGCCGACAAGAAGGUGUUCACCGACCGCCAGAAGGGGAUGGUUUCCAUCAGCUGGAAGCCGCUGGUGCAGGUGGAGCCGCAGGAAGGCAACCAUAACCCCAUCAUCAAGUGGGCCAACGCGAGCCUCGCCGCUGAAGGCUUCGAGCGUGGCCUCUUGGAGCCUGCGAUCCAGCAGGUACUCAUCAAGGAAGCGGAGCCGACUAAGUGGAAUCUUUAA